AGUGCCGCCGCGUCUCUCAAAUCAUUCAUUUCACUGUCUGCUCUCUCUCUCAUUUCCAUUUUAACUUCUUCUUCUGAAGCUCCUUCUUUCCAGAUCGAGCUUCGGGAGCUACAAAUUUAGAUUCAAUUUUCAAUCUCUUCAUUCAUGGCAACAAGUUUGUUACAUCUUCAAUGUUGUUACGGAGUGAAUGCGAAACCUAAUCUUCCACCACUGACGUUGCCGCAGAGAACGAACCUUUUUGUUCAGAGUCAUGAAACGGCGUCAUCGUCGUUGAAGGUCACGUGCAAGUCUUCGAGUGAUGUGUUGGAGAAGCACGUGAUCGAGAAUGGGAGGAACGUGACGAGUGAAGAUGAAAACAGAAAGAGUUACACUUGUGUGAUGAAAUUCGGUGGCUCGUCAGUUGCUUCUGCUGAGAGGAUCAUGGAAGUUGCUUCUCUUGUUAUGAGUUUUCCGAAAGAGAUACCUAUUGUUGUUCUUUCGGCUAUGGGAAAAACCACUAACAAGCUCUUGCUGGCUGGAGAAAAAGCUGUGAGUUGUGGUGUUACUAAUGUCUCUUGUAUUGAAGAGCUUAGCUUUAUAAAAGAUCUGCAUCUCAGGACUGUGGAUCAGCUUGGAGUGGACAGAUCUGUUAUUGAGAAGCACCUUGAGGAGUUGGAGCUACUUUUGAAUGGGAUAGCAAUGAUGAAGGAGCUAACUAAACGAACUCAAGACUAUUUAGUUUCUUUUGGAGAAUGCAUGUCUACUAGGAUCUUUGCUGCAUAUCUUAAUAAAUUAGGUGUCAAGGCCCGCCAAUACGACGCAUUCGAGAUUGGUUUUAUAACAACUGAUGACUUCACAAAUGCGGAUAUUUUAGAAGCUACUUAUCCAGCUGUUGCAAAGAGGUUGCAUGGCGACUGGCUCUCUGAUCCUGCAAUUGCAAUUGUUACUGGCUUCCUCGGAAAGGCCCGAAAAUCAUGUGCAGUGACAACACUAGGUAGAGGUGGCAGUGAUUUGACAGCUACAACAAUUGGGAAAGCGCUAGGCUUACCUGAGAUCCAGGUGUGGAAGGAUGUCGAUGGUGUCUUAACCUGUGAUCCCAAUAUAUACCCGAAGGCAGAACCUGUCCCCUUUUUGACCUUUGACGAGGCUGCUGAGCUAGCUUACUUUGGUGCUCAGGUUCUGCAUCCGCAGUCUAUGAGACCUGCUAGAGAAGGUGAUAUUCCAGUUAGGGUUAAAAAUUCCUACAACCCUAAAGCUCCUGGUACUCUCAUCACCAAGGAAAGGGAUAUGAGCAAGGCAAUACUAACAAGCAUUGUUUUGAAACGUAAUGUGACCAUGUUGGAUAUAGUGAGCACUCGCAUGCUUGGUCAGUACGGUUUCCUUGCUAAGGUGUUUUCAAUCUUUGAAGAUUUAGGCAUAUCAGUUGAUGUUGUUGCUACAAGCGAAGUCAGUGUUUCCUUGACUUUGGAUCCAUCAAAGCUAUGGAGCAGAGAACUAAUACAGCAGGAACUUGACCAUGUUGUUGAAGAACUAGAGAAAAUUGCUGUGGUGAAUCUUCUACAAAAUAGAUCCAUCAUCUCUCUCAUCGGAAAUGUUCAACAAUCAUCGUUAAUUUUGGAGAAGGCAUUUUGUGUUCUUCGGCGACUUGGUGUCACUGUUCAAAUGAUCUCUCAGGGUGCAUCUAAGGUGAACAUUUCAUUGGUUGUAAAUGAUAGUGAAGCAGAUGAGUGUGUAAGAGCUCUCCAUGAAGCUUUCUUCGAAACCAAGUUAGAGUUCCAGAAGGAUUACACAAAUGGAAACGGUUCUGUUGCUAAAUCAUCUUAGGAACAAUUUUGAGCCUCAAUUCUUUGUCCCGAAGAUAUAUAUUCCAAUCUUAAAAUGCUUUUGUCAACCAAGCAAUUUUCAACUCAUUCUAAUCUUGUUCGAUUGAGAUGUAGCAAUGGCAAAGCAUAAUAAGUGUAUACUAGUCGAGAGUAUUGCUAGAGUAGCGUGUAGUUGGCCUAUAUUUUAAUAAACCAUGACAUGCCAGAAGCUCCAGAAGUUCUCUUCAUGUCUUUUAAUGAGCAUGUAUUAUAGGGGUUCUAUUUGAGAUAUUAACAUUAUUGAUGUAACCUAUGUUAUUGAACUGAAAAAGUUUAUUUUUCAGGUUCAACUAGUUGGAUAUUUAUUGUCAUGAUUCUUAGAAUGUAUUGAUAAUGUUAGUGCAUCUAAGUAAUUUGAGGAGCCUUUUUCAUCUUGAUUU